AUGUACAUCAAGUCAAUUAUUCUUGAUGGUUUUAAAUCCUAUGCUCACAGGACGGAGAUUCGUGACUUUGACCCAUUAUUCAAUGCCAUUACUGGCUUAAAUGGUAGUGGCAAGUCUAAUGUCUUGGACGCAAUCUGUUUCCUGCUGGGAAUUUCCAGUUUGUCACAGGUGCGAGCUUCAAACUUGCAAGAUCUAGUUUAUAAAAAUGGGCAGGCUGGAGUUACUAGAGCAACUGUGUCUAUUACCUUUGAUAAUUCUGACAAGAAACAAAGUCCACUGGGAUUUGAAGAUAAUGAUGAGAUCACCAUCACUAGGCAGAUUGUCGUUGGAGGUAGAAAUAAGUAUCUUAUCAAUGGUGUGAAUGCUACCAGCAGUCGAAUUCAGGAUCUGUUCUGCUCUGUUGGUCUCAAUAUUAAUAACCCUCACUUCCUCAUUAUGCAGGGGCAAAUUACCAAAGUUCUAAAUAUGAAGCCAUCAGAGAUUUUAGCUAUGGUUGAAGAAGCAGCUGGUACUAGGAUGUAUGAAUGCAAGAAAGUAUCCGUCCAGAAAACCAUAGAGAAGAAGGAAGCCAAACUGAAAGACAUUCAAAAGGUCCUAGAUGAGGAUAUAACACCAACUUUAGAGAAACUGAGAGAGGAUCGAUCAUUCUACCUAGAAUACCAAAAAAUAAUGCGAACAGUGGAACACGCAGAGCGCCUCUGUAUAGCUUAUGAGUUUGUUCUGGCUGAAAAGACAAAGGCAUCCUCUGAUGAAGUACUAAAGGAAAUGCAGGAUUCUGUAGAGGAGCUUCAGGAAUCAAUGGCUAAAAAUGAGAAGCUGGUGAGGCUACUUGAUAAAGAAAUGGCAGAGCUGGAGAAGAAAAGGAGUAAGGAAGUUGGCGGUAGGCUCCAUUCACUGGAAGCUGCCCUUUUAGAAAUUCAAAGAGAUAAUACUAGAGCACAAAGUACCCUUGCUCUCAAGAAACAAAACUUAAAAGAUGAAGAGAUUAAGUACAAAGAAGUGAUAAAAAGUAUGCAGGAG